GCUUCAUAACUCAAAACAUAACAUUAUAUCAAGUUGGAAAUUAUAAUUAUUAAUGAAAAUGAACUUUUUGAAAGUAAUUCGAAAUAAUUGGAAGAAGAGUGCAUUUGCUGCUGCUGUUUCGGGUUAUGCACUCAGCUCGCUUAAGACACAUAUCGACAUUAAUCAACACAUGCGGGAAUUUUCUACCAAAUUAUCUUCUUCAUGUAAAACUGUACCAUCUACGAAAAAAGUGUUGGUCGUAAUCAAUCCCAUCGCCAACAACAAAAAAUCGGAGAAAACUUUCAAGAAGUAUUGCGAGCCGAUAUUGCAUUUAGCCGGCUAUUCUGUUGAGCUACUUCGAACCAAUCACAUUGGACAUGCCAAAGCUUUUAUUGAAGAAAUGGCUGUUCUACCUGAUGCAAUUGUUAUUGCAGGUGGAGAUGGCACCUCAUCAGAGGUUGUCACCGGCCUAAUGCGAAGAAAUGAAAAUCGUUGCCCCAUCACAAUUCUUCCCCUGGGACGCACUAAUCAACCUCUCCAUAAAUAUUUUCAUUAUAGCGUUCAAAGUGAGCUGGAUUACAUCAAAUCGUUAUGUAGUGCAUUAUUACCAAUGCUAAGAGAAGAAUUCAUGUAUCAGAGUGUAAUUCGUUAUGACGUUAUUAAUGACGAUGCUGACAGUGAGAAACAGUUAAAGCCGAUAUUCGGACUAAAUGGAUUUUCAUGGGGUCUGUUGAAGGAUAUUGACUCGACCAAAGAAAAAUAUUGGUAUUUUGGUCCAAUUAGACACUAUGUGGCUGCCUUUAGCAAAUUAUUUUCGAAGAACUGGAGCUUAGUGACUGAUUACGUGUACACGCCUCCUUGCUCAGGAUGCGCCGACUGCUUUGAGAUUCCUAAAGAUGAGAGCACAGUUCUGAAACAAUCCUUUUUUGGAAAACUUGUUAAUUCUAACCGCCGGAACGUAAAAAGCCAAAAACAGCUAAUUAAAAAUAGCGAGUGCAGCAAUGAGCUGAACGGAAAGAUGGAAGCCAAUCAAAUUGACAUUACUUGUAUUCAAAACAAUGAGGACUUUUCCGAGCUGGAAACUAAUUUCAUAAGCUCAUUACAACCAGGAUGGAAUUUUAUUAAAACUAUUCCAAGCAUUACAUGUAGCUCAAUUGUACCACAAUUAGUACUGAGAAGUCGAACUAUCCAGCUAUAUCCAAACGGAGAAUCAACUAACGAUUCAUAUUCAAUUGACGGAGAGGAAUAUGAUGCAAGGCCUAUUAAGCUAUCUGUUGUUCCCAACGCUAUUAAAGUCUUUUGUUAAAAAUUGUAUAUUUAAAUAUUGUGAAUUCUAUUAAACAGAGCUAUAAGUAUAGCAUAACACAUUCACAACAGAAA